AUGUCGGCAAAAAAUUGGGUGAGGAGUUCAGGAAGCUCUGGGCCAGAUUUCUUCAAUGAAAUAAUUGUUGUUUCCCGAAUUUUCGAGAAGAAAAAACUGGACAUUUUUAAUUCCCUUCUGCAAGCUUUGUUUAUCAAAGAGCACAAUGCGGUAUGUGACAUGCUAAAAAAACACUAUCCUGAUUUUGAUGAUGAGCAACUCUAUAGGUUAGCAGGUUUGUUGAUGGCUUGUGUAGAGGUUUAUCAGUAUAGGCAGGCUUCAGGCUUGUUUAGGCUUGAGCAGUUUGAUGGCUUCAUGUUUGGUGCAGGUUUAGGCUUUUGUUCGUUUAAGCUUGUGUUUCUGGUUUGUUUGGGAACACAGACCUCAGAUUCUUGUGAAACUUGCGCCAUUCUGAUUACACUGCUCAUUUUUCUUGGACCCGUGCUAUUGUGGCUGGAUUUUUUCACGAUUUCUGCCAUCAUCCUUUUAUGCUGA